GUCUUCAUCAUCAUAUGGUCCGCUAGGGAGACAAGAUGGCCGACCAGAAGGAACGUGACUUGGAAGAGGCUGUAGCGAUGGAAGCGGUAGCAGCACCACGUGUUGGCUGCUGUCGGCGAACGAUGAAGUACAUCGGUGCGUACUGGCGCUCGAUGGUGGUCAUCGUUGCACCGAUGAUUGCGUCCCUAGUGUUCCUGAUCGAUACCUCGCCCGCCUAUCGGUGUAUGUUUGUGGUGCUAACCAUGUCAUUUUACUGGGUGACGGAAGCGUUACCAUUGCCCGUGACGUCCAUGCUGCCGAUCGUGCUGUUCCCCGUACUUGGGGUGCUGGAAACGGAUCGUACCUGUAUGAUGUACAUGAAGGAAACGAUGUUGAUGUUUAUCGGUGGUAUCAUUAUCGCGCUCGCCGUGGAGUACUGCAAUCUGCACAAGCGUGUCGCGCUAAAGGUGAUCUCCGUGAUCGGAUGUAGCCAGCGGCGACUUAACUUCGGCCUAACGGUGGUAACGAUGUUCGUGUCGAUGUGGAUCUCAAACACGGCAGCCGUUGCCAUGAUGUGCCCAAUUAUGCAGGCUGUGCUGGAGGAACUCGAAUCGCAAGGACUCUGCCAGAUGUACGAACGCAGGAAGAAGACGGGCGAAGAGGAAGGCAUGCUUGGCAAGGAGAAGGUGGACGAUGAUACCCCUCGGCCAACAAAGACGACCCUUUGCUAUUUCCUUGGCGCUGCUUAUGCUUCCACCCUAGGCGGUUGCGGUACGAUCGUGGGUUCCGGUGUGAACCUCACCUUUAAGGGCAUUUACGAGAGCCGCUUCCCAACGGCACCCGGAAUUGAUUUUCCAAAGUUCAUGUUCUACAACGUCCCCGGCAUGUUGCUGUACACGUUCCUCACCUGGGUUUACCUGCAGUGGCUGUACAUGGGAAUGUUUAGACCGAACAGCCCCGAAGCAAAGGCAGCUGAUAUCGGUGCGGAAGGUGAAGCGGUAGCGAAGCGUGUCAUCGAGACACGCUACAAGGAGCUGGGACCGAUGACGUCUCACGAGAAGAGUGUUGCGUUCCUGUUCAUCGUGGCGGUGGUGCUGUUCUUUACCCGUGAGCCAGGAUUUAUCACCGGUUGGGCUGACGUGCUGGACUCUGUCAAAAUCAAGGAUGCAACACCGGCUAUGUUUAUUGUGAUCGUGCUGUUCAUGAUUCCGGCCAACUGGCGCUGUCUGAAGUUCUGCCGUAGCAAUCCAGGACGCCUUCCAACGGAAGCAACCCCAGGACUGAUUACGUGGAAGUUCAUCAACCAGAAGGUACCAUGGAGUCUAAUCUUCCUGCUUGGCGGUGGCUUUGCACUAGCGGAAGGAGGUCGCGUGUCUGGCAUGUCCGCGCUCCUCGGCCAGUCGUUAGCUGGAUUGAAGACUCUCCCUCCUCUACUACUCCUGUUCGUCGUCUGCCUUACCGCACAAACGCUGACUGAGUUCACGUCGAACGUGGCCAUCUGCAACGUGAUCCUUCCGGUGCUAGCAGAAAUGGCUAUUGCGAUCGAAAUUCAUCCACUGUACUUGAUGUUCCCGGCUGCGAUGUCGUGCAGCUUUGCCUUCCACAUGCCCGUAGGAACGCCACCGAAUGCGAUCGUUGCCGGUGUGGGAAAUAUUGCGAUCAAGGAUAUGGCAGUGGCCGGUAUUGGACCAUCGAUAUUUACGCUGCUCGUUAUCUGGGCCAGCUUCCCAACGUGGGGUGCCGUCGUGUAUCCGGAGCUGGCGACGUUCCCCGAAUGGGCACGACCUGUCAUCACGAAUGCCACACUUAAUUAAGCUGUUAGAGA